AUGGUGACUGAUCAGCAAGUCUUAAAGCACGAAAAGGCAGCCCCGGUUCUGUACUCGUUCCCGACGAGCGAUGAGCUGAGCCAGCGCCUGGCUGACUUUGUGAUCAAGGCUCAAGACGCUGCCAUUGGGCGUCGCGACAAGUUUUUCAUUGCGUUAUCGGGUGGCUCACUGCCAAAGAUGCUGGCAAAGUACCUCGUGAACCGUACAGACAACGCGGUGCGGUGGGACAAGUGGCACGUAUUCUUUGCGGAUGAGCGCUUGGUCCCGCUGAGCCACGCCGACUCCAACUUCAAGCUGGCAGAGGAUGAGCUCUUUUCAAAGGUGCCGCAGCUCCCGCGCGACCAAGUGUAUGCUAUUGACGACACGCUCUUGGACGAUGCAGACGAAGUGGCGGACGAGUACGAGAAGAAGUUGGUGCAGGCCUUUGUCGGUAAGGACACAGUGCGCAACCCCGUGUUCGACCUGAUUCUUUUGGGUAUGGGCCCGGACGGCCACACAUGCAGCUUGUUUCCGGACCAUGAGCUGCUGCACGAGCAGGACCGCUGGAUCGCGUCCAUUGAGGACUCGCCCAAGCCGCCGCCUCGUCGUAUCACGUUCACCUACUCGGUUCUGAACCACGCCCACCACUGUGCCUUUGUUUUGUCCGGCGAGAACAAGCAGGAUAUGCUUGCCAAGGUGCUGGACGAGCCGCACCUCGGCCUGCCCGCCAGCUUGGUUCGCCCGUUCGCCCCUGGCGAGGUCCUGUUCUUUGCAGACGAUGCGGCUACAAAGAAGACCCACUAUACGCGUACUGACUUUUCCGUGUAA